GUUUCACUUGUGGUGGGCGCUUGAGGGUCGACUUCAAUUUUCUAGAUUAGGGCUUAUGGUCAUAAGUGGCCAAUAUUAACAUUUAUAAUUGCAGCUGCAACUGGCAAGUGAUCAUUGUUUGUAUUUUUCAUGUUCUGUAUGAAUAGCAGCAAGAUGAAUGCGUGAGAUUAUUAUGUGUAUAACUUGAUUAUAUUUAGAGCGCAAGGUUUUGAAUUAUGCGAUUAACUUUUUAUGUUAUUGGUAUCACAAUUGCUCAUAUUGCACUUCUAUGUAUGACGGAAAGAAACAGCAAACAUGCCAAAGAACAAGGGAAAGGGAGGAAAGAACAGGAAGAGAGGAAAGAACGAAGCAGAUGAUGAGAAGCGCGAGCUUGUGUUCAAGGAAGAUGGUCAGGAGUAUGCUCAAGUUCUCAGAAUGUUGGGGAACGGUCGGUGUGAGGCAAUGUGCAUUGACGGGUCGAAGCGUCUUUGCCAUAUCCGAGGGAAGAUGCACAAGAAGGUCUGGAUUGCAGCUGGUGAUAUAAUACUCGUUGGUCUUCGCGACUAUCAGGAUGAUAAAGCUGAUGUUAUCCUCAAGUACAUGCCUGAUGAAGCAAGGCUAUUGAAGGCAUAUGGGGAGCUUCCGGAGAACACCCGCCUCAACGAGGGUAUCGCCGGCGGUAUCGACGAUGAGGAUGAUGGCGGGGUUGAUGAUUAUCUGGAGUUUGAGGAUGAAGAUAUUGAUAAGAUUUAGGGUUCGAGUGAUUAUUGAUGUUUCGUAACCCCCAUGGUUGGAGGGGGUGAGCUAUUCGUCAGUCAGUCUUAGAUUAACAAAUGUGCAUAAAUUUUGAGUCUUAAAAGAUUUUUCUUUUUCUGGUUCGUCUCCCCUUCCCUUUUAUAAUUAGACUACAACAUCUAUGGCUGGUUGGAAAAAAUAAUAUUUAUGGCAUUUUUAGCUUUAGUUU